CCCCGGCGCCCUCGCCAUGCAGAAGAGCGUGCGCUACAACGAGGGGCACGCGCUGUACCUGGCCUUGCUGGCCCGCAAGGAGGGCACCAAGCGCGGCUUCCUGAGCAAGAAGGCCGCCGAGGCGAGCCGCUGGCACGAGAAGUGGUUCGCGCUCUACCAGAAUGUGCUCUUCUACUUCGAGGGCGAGCAGAGCGGCCGCCCGGCGGGCAUGUACCUUCUGGAGGGCUGCAGCUGCGAGCGGGCGCCCGCGCCGCCCAGAGCUGGUGCCGGGCCUGGUGGCUCCCGGGACGCGCUGGACAAGCAGUAUUACUUUACUGUUCUGUUUGGCCAUGAGGGUCAGAAACCACUGGAGCUACGUUGUGAGGAGGAGCAGGAUGGUAAAGAGUGGAUGGAGGCCAUUCACCAAGCCAGUUAUGCAGACAUUUUGAUUGAGAGGGAAGUGUUAAUGCAGAAGUAUAUUCAUCUAGUUCAGAUUGUGGAGACAGAAAAAAUUGCAGCCAACCAACUCCGGCAUCAACUUGAAGAUCAAGAUACAGAGAUUGAAAGGCUUAAAUCUGAGAUAAUUGCUCUUAAAAAGACCAAGGAACGAAUGAGACCAUACCAAAGCAAUCAAGAAGACGAGGAUCCAGACAUCAAGAAGAUUAAAAAGGUCCAGAGCUUCAUGCGAGGAUGGUUGUGUAGAAGGAAAUGGAAGACCAUCGUGCAGGAUUAUAUUUGUUCUCCCCAUGCUGAAAGUAUGAGGAAGAGAAAUCAGAUUGUGUUCACCAUGGUUGAGGCGGAGUCGGAGUAUGUUCACCAACUCUACGUCCUGGUCAACGGCUUCCUCCGGCCACUGCGAAUGGCCGCCAGCUCUAAGAAGCCACCCAUCAGCCACGAUGAUGUCAGCAGUAUUUUUCUUAACAGUGAAACAAUCAUGUUUCUUCAUGAAAUAUUUCAUCAAGGACUGAAGGCAAGGAUAGCAAACUGGCCAACUUUAAUUUUAGCCGACCUGUUUGAUAUUUUGCUUCCUAUGCUGAAUAUUUAUCAAGAAUUUGUGCGUAACCACCAGUACAGCCUUCAAGUGCUUGCCAAUUGUAAGCAAAACAGAGAUUUUGACAAACUCUUAAAACAGUAUGAAGCCAACCCUGCCUGUGAGGGGAGGAUGCUGGAAACAUUCUUGACCUACCCAAUGUUUCAGAUCCCCAGGUACAUCAUCACCCUGCAUGAACUCCUAGCCCAUACACCUCAUGAGCAUGUCGAGAGGAAAAGUCUGGAGUUUGCUAAAUCAAAACUAGAGGAACUGUCCAGGGUAAUGCAUGAUGAAGUGAGUGACACUGAGAACAUUAGGAAAAACCUUGCCAUAGAAAGGAUGAUAGUGGAGGGCUGUGACAUUUUGCUGGACACCAGCCAAACUUUCAUCCGCCAAGGUUCUCUUAUUCAAGUACCUUCUGUUGAGAAGGGGAAACUUAGUAAAGUUCGCCUGGGUUCAUUAUCUUUGAAAAAAGAAGGAGAAAGACAAUGCUUCUUAUUUACAAAACACUUUUUAAUUUGUACAAGAAGUUCAGGAGGAAAACUACAUCUGCUCAAGACAGGUGGAGUUCUUUCUUUAAUAGAAUGUACAUUGAUUGAAGAGCCUGAUGCAAGCGAUGAUGACUCCAAAGGUUCUGGGCAAGUGUUUGGGCACCUGGAUUUUAAGAUAGUGGUGGAGCGACCUGAUGCGGCCCCUUUCACGGUGGUCCUGUUAGCACCUUCACGCCAGGAGAAGGCUGCCUGGACAAGCGACAUAAGUCAGUGUGUGGACAAUAUACGAUGUAAUGGUUUAAUGACUAUAGUGUUUGAAGAAAAUUCCAAAGUUUCUGUGCCACAUAUGAUUAAGUCUGAUGCUCGUCUUCAUAAAGACGACACCGACAUUUGCUUUAGUAAAACGCUGAACUCUUGCAAAGUGCCCCAGAUCCGUUAUGCCACUGUGGAGCGUCUCUUGGAACGACUGACAGACUUGCGGUUUCUUAGUAUCGAUUUCCUCAACACCUUUCUGCACACCUACCGUAUUUUCACUACAGCUGCUGUGGUGCUGGCGAAGCUUUCCGACAUAUACAAGAGGCCUUUCACCUCCAUCCCGGUCAGGUCAUUGGAAUUGUUUUUUGCUACCAGCCAGAACAACAGGGGCGAACAUUUGGUGGAUGGCAAAUCCCCACGUUUGUGUCGUAAAUUCUCUUCCCCACCACCACUGGCCGUGUCCAGAACGUCCUCCCCGGUGAGGGCCAGAAAGCUGUCCUUGACUUCGCCCUUGAGCUCAAGGAUAGGCGCGUUGGACCUGACCACCUCCUCAGCAUCUAGCAGUCCUACGACCACCCACAGCCCUGCUGCAUCCCCACCCCCGCACACUGCAGCCAUCCUGGAGUCUGCACCAGCGGACCGAGCAGCCGCGGAGAGCUCGUCGGCAUCGGACACCACAGAACUUUCACCUUGCAGGUCUCCGUCUACCCCACGACACCUCCGCUAUCGGCAGCCUGGAGGACAGACCGCUGACAACUCCCACUGCUCCGUUUCACCUGCUUCUGCUUUUGCUAUUGCCACAGCUGCCGCAGGACAUGGCAGUCCACCAGGAUUUAACAACACUGAGAGAACAUGUGACAAAGAGUUUAUUAUACGGAGAACAGCCACCAACAGAGUGCUGAACGUCCUCCGUCACUGGGUCUCCAAGCAUGCACAGGAUUUUGAGCUCAACAAUGAACUAAAGAUGAAUGUCCUAAAUUUACUAGAGGAAGUUUUGCGAGACCCAGACCUUCUUCCCCAAGAAAGGAAAGCCACAGCGAAUAUCCUGAGGGUCCUUUCACAAGAUGAUCAAGAUGACAUUCACCUAAAAUUAGAGGAUAUAAUUCAACUGAUGGGCUACCCGAAGGCCGAGUGCUUCGAGUCUUUGUCAGCCAUGGAGCUGGCUGAGCAGAUCACGCUGUUGGACCACAUCGUCUUCAGAAGCAUUCCCUACGAAGAGUUUCUUGGGCAGGGAUGGAUGAAAAUGGAUAAAAACGAAAGAACACCAUACAUUAUGAAAACCAGCCAACAUUUCAAUGAUAUGAGUAACCUGGUGGCCUCCCAGAUAAUGAAUUAUGCGGACAUCAGCUCCCGUGCCAAUGCCAUUGAGAAGUGGGUGGCGGUGGCGGACAUUUGCCGGUGCUUACACAACUAUAAUGGCGUGCUGGAGAUCACCUCAGCCUUAAACAGAAGUGCCAUCUAUAGGCUGAAGAAAACAUGGGCCAAGGUGUCCAAGCAGACAAAAGCGCUAAUGGACAAGCUUCAGAAGACUGUUUCAUCUGAAGGAAGAUUUAAAAACCUCAGAGAAACCCUUAAAAACUGUAACCCCCCAGCUGUUCCUUAUCUGGGCAUGUACCUGACAGACUUGGCAUUUAUUGAAGAAGGAACACCUAACUUUACGGAGGAAGGCCUUGUCAAUUUCUCCAAGAUGAGAAUGAUAUCACACAUCAUCAGAGAGAUACGCCAGUUCCAACAGACUUCCUAUCGAAUAGACCAUCAGCCAAAGGUCACUCAGUACUUACUUGACAAAGCCCUCAUCAUAGAUGAAGAGACGCUGUACGAGCUGUCGCUAAAAAUUGAACCCCGGCUCCCUGCUUGAAGAUCUGACUUUGCCCCUGAGCCCAUGGAGUUCCAUGGAAAGCAGGAUGGACAGUACUGUGCAUGUCAUGCCAACCGUGGUGCCGCGAGGAUGGAGGGCGAUGAAUCCAGUCUCCCUCACCCACCAAAGAGCACAGAAUGGAACUUGAAUUCUGUCUCCAGCCAGGGAAGCCCAGCUGUUGGGGCAUCAAAAAACAGAGGCUUCAGAUUUGUGUUGGAAGGUGAAAAGAUCCAUAUUCAAUCAAACAGAUGGCACAUUUGCCUAAGGGAAUGUAAGAUGGGAGAUGCCAGUGAGCAUUUUAAUGAAGCAGAUAAGAAGGUAUAUCUCAAAUGCUGUCCCACGUUCUGUUAGAACUUAGCGGCAAAGAAUACAUGGACAAGACCUUCAGUGUUCCUUUGGCACUUUACUGGCCUGGGUACACCUACCACUCAUCUGGGAUUGAACUGCUUCCGUUACAUUCCUUCCUGACAAGCUUCACAGAAAAUCCGAGGCUUCUUUCAUAGGGAGAGGCUGGCACAUAAGCGAUUUCAGUCUACAGCAUGCGCAUGGUCUUCAGUGCAUUAUAUGUAUUUAUAUUGGAGGAAUGGCAUGUUCUGAAGCUGCUUUCUUAUUGUUUAGAUGACAGGACAGAAUAGAAAUGAUGCAAAUAAACUUGUAUGAAACAUUUCCUUAAUUAAAAACUCAGUCAACUGUGCCCCCAAAGGAUUUCAACCAGUGGCUGCUUGCGGUAGGUGGGGUGGAGGCUUCUUCCUGAGGCUCAUGGUACGCCAGAAGCCAGCACCCUUGGAGAGGCAGGAGCAGUGUUUUCGAAAAGGUGCCUGUACACCUCACCGACAAAACUGUGGAACAAGACAGAAAGUCACAAAGUGCUGUUGAGAAGAGUGGGUUUCAGAGCUUAUAAAAAAUGAUUUGAGGUAUUUCUGAGUGAAAAUCUUGGAAGCAUAUAAAAAAAAUGGGCCCAACCACUCAAUAGCUCUUACAUCACAAAACCAAAUGCAGGGCUUAGUCCCGAUACCUUGGGUUGGGGAAGUGACAGGGCUUUCUCCAAGGCAGUCAGUUGUUGGAAAAAUAGGGCUAGCUCAUGUUUACCUCCCUUCUUAUCUUCUCAGGGAGACCUCUGCUUGAAAAGAAGGAAGAGAACAUAUAGUUAUUGUUACCCCAACCUAUUGCACCUGACAUUUUCUCUUACAGGCAUGAAAUGUAUUGAUGCUGACAAUGAAAAAAAAAUGACUUGCCUGUUUUCCCUUUCUUUGCACUUUAAUAAUGUUGUUUUAAACUAACGGCUGACUAAUGACUUCAACUUGCUGGUGCAUAAGACCCAGUGGGAGCACUGGCCUUGAUAAUGUACCUAGAGGCGGAGAAUGUAAAUUUUCCUUGCUUGGUAAGGGCCAUCUCUGUACAUAAUUACAUAGUGAAAUAUCAAGCUAGUAAAAGAAGAUAUUUGUCAUAUUUGAAGGCCAAUCAAACAUAUUUUCAAUAGUUCAUGUUAGCCAACAGUGUAGCACAAAGCCCCAAGAGGGUUACUGAUGGAGGCUUAGUUUCUUUCUUUCUUUUUUUUAAAGUUGCUUGUUCUCUUUAGUUUCACACAAGAGGCUGAUGCAUCUUAACGCAUGAUAUGAAGCAUGGGUUGCUUGGAUCUUAACCAUGCAUAACUUGUAAUUUAUUUCUCAGUGUUCAGAAACUGAGGGUUUGUACUGAUACAUGUCAACUGCAACUAGCACCUCAAGGUCUUUCAGACGAAAAGGAAAAGUUAACUUUCUCGCCUCCAAAACAUAAUCUUGGAAGGUGAAUCAAAAACAUUACAAAUUUAGUGAAAAGGCCACACACAUAAUAGUUUCAGGCAAAGCAACAUUUGGAAAGCUCAAUCCAUUCAACUCUGCUUUGGAGUCUCCGGUCUUCCAGAAAGAGAGGGUGGGUCUGAAUGUACCUUCCCUGGAAGCCUGGAUGCUUAGUUUUGACCCAAAUGCAUCGGUCAUUUUUAGUAAAGAAAAAUAGGAGAUAAGGGAAUUUACAAAUAGCCUUUCUCUUUCAAAGGGCAGGUUUUCCUCAACUGGUGAAAAGCUUUCACACCUUUUUUCUGCAGAAUGUUGGAAGUGCCCUCCAGUGGUCAGCUAUGGCACUGUCAGUUGCUAUGUUUAUUUGUGUUUCACGGUUCCAUGUCCUUCUUCUCAGAGUCUGAAGCUUAGCAGGAGCUGCAAGAAAAGAACUCUGCCUACAAAGGAGUUCCUUUUGGAUGCCUGUGUCUUUUCUGGGACAACUGAGAUAGGAAUACAUGUUUAUUAUAUAUAUAAAAAAAACUCAAUUUAGUCACAUUUAAAAUCCCCAAAGCAUUUUUGUGGUGUCUCUUGUGAUUGUGGGAGCACCUGUCCUCUUCUGCCUUGCAUAUUUUGUGUAUAUUGUUGGGAUGUGCACACCCAGCUGCAUCUGCCCAUCUUCCGUUAUUUGAGACACAUUUAUAAGAGUCAAUGGAAGAUUAGCCUCUAACAGCCCAAGUAGCACAUACAUUACUGCAAAAUCAACCUAGAAAAUCAGAAGUAAAAUCCAAUUUCAUGCUUUCAGGUGAAUACCCACAUUUUAUAUUGUCGAUAAAAUUAUUUGGGGAUUUUUAGGAGGUACCUCUGGUUAUGAACAAAGGCAACCUAUCUUGCUAUGAGACAAAUUUCUUAAGUCAUAUGUUAUAUGACAGAUUCAGGCAUGAAGUAGAAUAUUGUCACUUUCAAUUAGUGUUUAAAUAAAUUUAAAGGGGAAUUUUUAAACUACUGUUGUAAUAUUUUCAAGUGACUCUCACAAAAGUCUCCACUACUGUUUGUUAAAUUUCAGUUAUCUUGAAGUACUACUUAAAAACAAGUGCAAGUUAUGGAUACUGAAACUUAGAAUAGAAAAUCCAUUAUGUUUCAGUUUGAAGACAGUGUGAUGCUAGACUCAUGCAAUGUUACACAGGACAAGAUUUUGGCUGGCAAUGAUUGAGCUGCUUUAAGAUUCUUAACUAUAAAGAAUAAAAGCGAUGGAUUAUUUUCAGUAAGAUUGAAUUUUAUUUUAAA